AGAAGACAGCCUCUCAGAUGGCUCUGAGGGACCGCUCCCAAGAGGGUCGACUUGAAAGACUCAUAUUGCCUGAGGAAGAAGCCCUGAAGAGGAGGAAGAGGAAAGAAAGAGGAGUCUGGAAUGGCUCUUUCUCAGACACAGUUGACAUUCAAGGAUGUGGCCAUAGAAUUCUCUCAGGAGGAGUGGGAAUGCCUGGACCCUGCUCAGAGGGCCUUGUACAGGGACGUGAUGUUGGAGACCUACGGGAACCUGCUCUCCCUGGAUACCUCUCUUAAACGUGUGAUCAAGGAAUCUGCACCAAAAGAGAACAGUCAUACAGGGGAAGUGUUGCAAACAGUGUUGUUGGAAAGACAUGAAAGCUGUGAGACUGAGGACUAUGGCUAUAGGGAAAUCCAGAAAAAUGAGCGUGACUUUGAGUACCAGUGGAGAAGUGACAAAAGAAAUUACAGAGGAGUGCCUGUCACCCAUAAAAAAAAUCUCACUGGUAGAAGAGAUCAACAUGGUAGAAGAGAUGAAGGAGACAAGCCUAUUGAAAACAGGCUCGGACUAAGCUUUCAGUCACAUCUGGCCGAACUGCAGAUAUUUCCAACUGAAGGGCCAUUGUAUGAGUAUCAUCAAGUUGAGAAGUCUAACAACAGUGGUUCCUCACUGUCAGUACUUCAGAGAAUUCUUCCGAGUGUCCAAACCAACAUUUUUAAUGAAUAUGGGAAUGAUUUCUGGCAUUCUUCAUUACUCACAGAAGACCAGAAAGCAUACAUUAGGGAAAAACCUUACAAAUGUGAUGAGUAUGACAAAGCAGUUAAUCAUGGCUCACAACUCACUAACCAUCAGGUAAUCCACACAGGUGUGAAACCUUACAAAUGUAAUGUAUGUGGCAAAGCCUUUAACCAGAGCUCACAUCUCACUAGACAUCAAAGAAUCCACACAAGAGGGAAACAUCACAAGUGUGAGGAAUGUGGUAAGGGCUUCAGUUACAGUUCACACCUUCUACGUCAUCGCAGAAUUCAUACCGGAGAGAAACCCUACCAGUGUAGCGAGUGUGACAAAGCCUUUAGUGUGUAUUCAAGUCUUAUUUAUCAUCAGGUCGUCCAUACUAGAGAGAAACCGUACAAAUGUAAUGAGUGUGGCAAGGUCUUCAGUCAGAGUUCAAGCCUUACUAAUCAUCGCAGGAUUCAUACUGGAGAGAAACCUUACAAAUGUAAUAAAUGUGGCAAAGCCUUUAAUCAGAGCUCCCACCUCACUCGACAUCAGGUCAUGCACACUGGAGAGAAACCCUACAAAUGUAGUGAGUGUGGGAAGGUCUUCACUCAGAAUUCAAGCCUCGUAAGUCAUCGGAGAAUUCAUACUGGGGAGAAGCCAUACAAAUGCAACGAGUGUGGCAAAGCAUUUGGUGUGUAUUCAAGUCUUACUUAUCAUCAGGUCACCCAUACUAGAGAGAAACCUUACAAAUGUAAUGAGUGUGGCAAGGUCUUCAGUCAGAGUUCAAGCCUUCCUAGUCAUCGCCGGAUUCAUACCGGAGAGAAACCUUACAAAUGUAAUCAGUGCGGCAAAUCCUUUAUUCAUUGCUCAAACUUCAACAGACAUAAGAAAAUCCACACUGGAGAGAAACCUUACCAAUGCAGUGAGUGUGGCAAGGUCUUCACUCAAAACUCAAGCCUCAUAAGUCAUCGGAGAAUUCAUGCUAGAGAGUAACCUGACCGAUGUAACAAGUGUGGCAAAAUAACACAAGUUCAAGCAUGGAUUGACACCAGAGAGUCCACACUAAAGAGAGACUACAUCAGUGUAACAUAUAGGACAGAGGACUUGUACAGACUUCGCAACUCACUAGACAUCAGAAUAUACAUCUUUGAUGAAGCCACAAGAAUGUAAUGUGUGUAUAAAUGUGUGUAGAUCAAAACUACAGAACAUCGCAAGAUUCCUACUGGAGAGCAGCUUUACAAAUGUAAUGAAUGUGGGAAGGCUUUUUAUUAAACAUUCAUGGCUUUGAUGUCAUGAGAGGAUUUAUACCUGAGAGAAACCAGGGAAAUUUUUUUUUUUUUUUUUUUUUAGGUACGCGGGCCUCUCACUGCUGUGGCCUCUCCCGUUGCGGAGCACAGGCUCCGGACGCGC